GUCACGCUGAGCUCACACAGGAGCUGAGCUGCGAGGCAGAACGUGUGGGGUUGAGCUCUGCCCUGGGACCGUCUGGGAACAUGGCCCUGCAGGUGUCAGCUCUGGCCCUUCUCCUGGCCCUUCUGCCCCUGCUGUCUGCCCAGGGAGCGGCACCCAGUCCCAGCCCCACCAAGACUCCAGGCACGUGCAGGAGGGAGGGAGCCUGGACCACGAAGGUGACAUUUCCCCCCGAGCAGACGGAGGUUCGGGUGAAUGACAUGGUGCUGGUGACGUGCACUGAGGAGAAUGAAUCCGGCACAUACCCUGCAAACUGCACAGCGCUGAAGGACCGUGGGGCAGUCUGGGAUAUCAGUGGAGUCAAGUGUCUCAGGAUGUGCAAUGACUGGGUGAGGCAGGUGGAUUUUGACCCUGCACAGACGGAGUUCGGCGUCGGGGCUGAGGGUCGGGUGACCUGUCGUCAGCAGUUCCAGCAGAACUCGUUCAGUGUGACGUGCAGAGAGACGGAGUCGGGACGCUUCGAGUGGGAUUUGGGUGCACACAAGUGUGUCAAAAAAUGUAAAAUACCCAAAACCUGGAACUCCAGAUUGCAGUUUGCCCCCAAGACGCAGUUCUAUGCCCCGGAUGAAUCGGUGACUCUGAACUGCUCUGAGGGGUAUCGGCCGUCACCGCCUGUGAUCAAAUGUGUCAGAAAUGGGAGCCAGGCUGUCUGGAGUGAGACACCAACCUGCCAGCAGGAAAAUUGUGAAAUAUCCAGAACCUGGGACUCUGGAUUGCAGUUUGCCCAGGAGGGGCAGUUCUACUCCCUGGGUGACUCAGUGACGUUGAACUGCUCUGAGGGGUAUUGGCCGUCACCGCCUGUGAUCAAAUGUGUCAGAAAUGGGAGCCAGGCUGUCUGGAGUGAGAUACCCGCAUGCCGGGGCGUUUGUACGAUGGCAGGAAACUGGCCCUCGUCAGUCUCUGCUGCCUCUGCACGGACAGAGUUUGCCGUUGGCGAGAGCGUUCUGGUGACCUGUCGCCCGGAGCAGUACGAGGGGAGCCCGGCUUGGGUGCGAUGUACGGAGACGGCUGGGCACGUGGAGUGGGACACGAGGAAUGUGAGCUGUGUGGAAAAGUGUAAAGCUCCAGACACCCGGGACUCCAGGGUCCGGUUCGCCCUCGAGCAGCAGUUUUACAGCCCAGGGGACUCGGUGACAUGGAGCUGCCCUGCGGGGUACCGGCCCUCGCAGUUUGACAUCAGAUGCACUAGACAGGGGAGCCAAAGUGUCUGGAGUGGGACAGCCGCCUGCACUGAGGUUUGCACAAGGGCAGGAAACUGGCCCCCGUCGGUCUCUGCUGCCUCCCCACAGACAGAUUUUGCCGUUGGCGAGUGGAUUCAGGUGACCUGUCGCCCGGAGCAGUACGAGGGGAGCCCGGCUUGGGUGCGAUGUACGGAGACGGCUGGGCGCGUGGAGUGGGACACGAGCCGUGUGAGCUGUGUGGAGACAUGUCCCAGGCCGCAGUGGGACCCCAGACUCCAGUUCGUGCCAGACCGGCCGUUUUAUGGCCAGAAUGACCAGAUGACACUGAGCUGCUCUGGGGGGUUCCAGCCUUCGCCCUCUGUGAUCAGAUGUGUCAGAUGGGGUCAUACCUGGAGUCACUGGAAUGCCUGGUCUGUGUGUGACUGGGGCGCCUGCCACCGUAUCACAGAGAACGUUACCUGUGCAGUGACCCCCCGGAUCAUCCCAGGGUCCCUGGAGAUUUCACCCACCACCAUCAAACUGCACUGGACUUGUGAGCCCCUCAAAUCCUGCCAGGGCAGCUGGAAGAUACGGGCCCAAUGCCAGCUGGAUGGACCCCUGUCAGGCCCCUGCCAGAGACAAAGGCUAACCAGAGAGCAGCCGUUACAGGGACUGGAUGGAACAGUAACGUGCAGCUCCCUGCACCCCUUCACCUCCUACAGAGUCACCAUCUUUGGGGGCUACCCAGCGACCAGACCGCUCAGCACUGUCCUUUAUAGACAGCGGGUCACCACGAGUGAAAUAGCCCCAGACAAACCCGAGAUUGAGCCGCUGGAUCUCAGCACCAAAACCCUCAAGUGGAAGCAGCUGCUGCCCUGCAAAGGGGCAAUCGUCGGGUAUCAGCUGAACAUCACGGCCAGGAGAGAGUACGACAGCGAUUUCCUCGAGGUCAAGGUGCUGCGGGUGAAUCAGUCGGUCACCAAGUACCUGCUGCAGCCCUGGAGACAUGGGACCAACUACACAGUGACAAUCCAGGGCCUCACGGCUGCCGGCCUUGGACAGGCGUCGCACUGGGACUUUGAAACCGACAUCUCUGAGCCAGACAUCCCCACCAACGUCACCGCCCUGAGCAUCUAUAGCAUCUCCCCAUCGAGUGGGACGGCUCUGCUCCCCCUGCAGCCCUUCCCUGAGCUCCAUGGACCCAUCAGGGAGUAUCAGAUCAUUGUAUCUGCGAUGCAGAAUGGCAGCGAAGCAGACACCUGCCGCUCGCCAGGUCUGCAGCCAUUCAACUCCAGCCUGGAGCGCAACGUGUACCUGGCUGCUGUGCUCCCCGCGCACAACCUCACAGGCCCGACUGACUUCGUGCUGGGCAACGGGGCCCGUCACUACGGGUACUACAAUGCUCCCCUCCGCCCCCACAGGAACUACACGGCCUUCGUCCGCGUCGUCAGCCGCUGGAAGCAGAUGGAGAAAUCCAGCUGUGUGCGCUAUGACUUCUCCGUUGGAGAGGCCCAGACUCCCCAACCUGGGGGCCUGGUGCUAGCUGUGGCGGUGCCGGUGCUGGUGCUGCUGGCCGCAGGGGCCCUGCUGCUGUGGUUCGUGCUUGCCAGGAAGAAGCGGAACGACGCAAAUGACCACAAGAGCAAUGGGACAAUCCCCCUGAAGAGGAACCGAGGAGGUGUGGGUGGAGUGAGGCCAAUCCUGGCCCUGUCUGGAUGUGCUGGCAUCUCAGUGCACACAGGUGCAAGCAGGCUGCGCACGCAGAUCCCAGUGGCUGAACUGCUGGAGUCUCUGAAGCGGUUUAAGAGAGCGGAAAUGGAGGAGGAGGGAGCAGAGGACGACGCAAAUCCCGAACGGCCCCCAGCGGGGCGCAAUGCGGAGUACCAGAAACUGGUCUCAGGUUUACUGCACCCAGGCCAUGCUGGCAAGGAGCCCUGCAAUCAGGCCAAGAACCGCUACAAGAGCGUCAUCCCAUACGAUCACUGCCGUGUGGUGCUGCAGUCCGCCAGCCCGGGAGCUGAUUACAUCAAUGCCAGCUACGUCGAUAGCUACAGGAGCCCCUGCUUCUUCAUCGCUGCUCAGGGCCCGCUGCCUGGCACCGUGGUGGAUUUCUGGCAGAUGAUCUGGCAGGAGAAGACCUUGGCCAUUGUGAUGUUAACUGGCUUGGUGGAGCAGAACAAGACCAAGUGUGAGCAGUACUGGCCGGAGGACGAGCAGGUGUACGGGGACUUCACGGUGACACUCAGCAACACCUGGACAACCACGGGCCUGGUCACACGCACCUUCUGCCUGCAGAGGGUCGGUUCUCCUCUCCAGAGACACAUACAGCAGUUUCACUACCUGCUGUGGCCAGACCAUGGGGUCCCCAGCAACGCGGCCCGGCUCCUGCAGCUGGUGGAGAUGGUGAAUGAGAGGGUGUCGGAGGUGCCUGCCGGCCCCGUGCUCGUGCACUGCAGUGCAGGGAUCGGCCGCACAGGCACCUUCAUUGCCCUGGACAUCCUCCUGAAGAUGGCGCGGGCCGAGGGCAGCGUGGAUGUUUUCCACUGUGUGCAGAGGCUGCGGGAGCAGCGGGUCAGCAUGGUGCAGACAAAGGAGCAGUACAUCUUCCUCUACGAGGCGCUGCUGGAGGGCCUGCUGUGCGGGAACACCGGGGUCCUGGUGAACAGCGUCGCCAGCCACGUCAGUUGCCUGCGCCAGCCUGACGCCCAGUCGCAGAGCAACGGGUUCUCGCGGGAGUUCAAGGCCUUGCAGAAGUUUUCCGAACUCUUCCAGCUCUCCCCGUGCAAGGAGGCCCAGCAGCCCAGCAACCAGCCCAAGAACCGCAAGCCGACCAUCCUGCCAGCGGAUUGCAACCGCCCCAUCCUGAUGUCCUCGCUGAAUGCGGAUGGCUCGCCUGGCUACAUCAACGCAGUGUUUGUCGGUACGUACGCAGAAGAAGACAACAUCAUUGUCACCCAAUUGCCGCUCAGGGAGACGCUGGUGGAUUUCUGGGCCCUGCUCUGGGACUACACCUGCACCAUGCUGGUCAUGCUGAACCGCCUCGAGGAGCUGGACCAGACAUACCUGACGUUCUGGCCUGUGUACGGAGAGGCCUCUUAUGGCCAUUUUCACGUCGAGCUGAUCUCGGAGGAGCUGGGAGCUGGCUUCAUCAUCCGCACACUCGCUGUAACCAACAGGCAACAGCCCAAGAAGCCCGCACGGGAGAUCAGGUUGUGGCAAGUAGACGACUGGCCCAUGCAGCAGCAGCUCCCCCCAUGCCCUGCCACCAUCAUCAGCUUGCUGGGGGAGGUGGAGCGGAGCCGGCGGACGAGCCAGGACAGCCACAUUCUCGUCACUUGCUGGGACGGUGCCAGCCGCUGUGGGCUCUUCUGUGCCGCCAGCUUCAUGUGCGAGCAGAUCCGCAGCGAGGGGCUGCUGGACGUCUCUCAGGCGGUGAGAAUGCUGAAGCGACGGCGACGGCAGAUGAUCAGGGACGUGGUGCAAUACACGUUCUGCUACGAGUUAGCCCUAAGCUACCUGGACUCAUUCAAACUCUAUGGGAAUUUCAAAUAGAGGGGAGCAAGGGACCGUCUAGAGUCAGGACCUGCCGCUGCUGCUGCUUCUCGUGGCACCUCCAUGCUGCUCUGUGCCAGGGCAGAAGCCCUAUCCUGGGGGGCGAGCUGGGGCCAUGGAACCUGGCAGAGACGAGAAGGGCCUCGGCGGUGCCUGCUGGGACACUCUGGACUCCUGACACUCCGUACCCUGGAGCCCACGCAGCUGGCUGAAGCCGACGAUUUCCUCAGGGAUCAUUUCCAGGGCGGGGGUUGAUCCCAGACUUUGCCCAGCCAGGGACUGGGGCGGUAACUUACCUGGAGCCAGAGUGAGUGUGCACUGUCACUUCUCAGGGUUAGCCGAGGUGUCUGGGGAGAAUCGCUACCACUACUCACAGCGGGAGGGAGCCCUGGCCAUACCCACCAGGAAAACUCUCCCCAAGUCCUGGCUGCCAGUAACACGAGCCGUCCACGCUGGGCUCCGCGAGCCCUGUGCCUUCCCUCUGCAGGCUGCUCAUUUUCCGUGCCUUGUUCCACUCCCAGGCCUGAUGCUGUGUCCCCUGGACCCCAGCGACACACACCGAGCUGCUGCCCUGUGGAAACGGGGCCUCAGUUUACCAGCUUCACCUCGGGUUUAGGUGCAGCCCAGCCUGUGGUCUUGUAAGCAAGGAGCAUGGCCCAGGGCUGGGGCAGCGGCUGUGCCAAGGAAAACCCAGUCCCCAGGUUCCUGUUUGUUCCUUAUCGUCAUCAAAACAGGGGUCCUGGUGGCACCUCAGAGACUAUAACACAUUGAUUUGGGCAUGAGCUUUCGUGGGCUCCAGCCCACUUCAUCGGAUGCAUAGACUGGAACAUACACUGAGACAUAUAUGUGCUCAAAUAAAUGUGUUCGUCUCUAAGGUGCCACAGGGACUCCUGUUCUUUCUGCGGAUACAGACUAACACGGCUGCUACUCUGACGCUUAUUUUCAUUGGUUAUCAAUUCUGGCAAAGCUCAGACACAUUAACACGCUUCCAGGCUGCACCGUGGACUAAGGUUGCACUUGUGCAGGGGCGGCUCUAGGCACCAGCAAAGCAAGCAGCUGCUUGGGGCAGCAUAUUUGCAGGGGCGGCAGUUGGCAGGGACCAGCCUGGGAGCUGAGAACCAACAGGGGGCCCUGGCAGCUGGAGUUCCUGGGUUAGCUCCCUGCCUAUAACAGCAGCAAAGAGUCCGGUGGCACCUUACAGACUAACAGACGUUUUGGAGCAGGAGCUUUUGUGGGUAAAUACCGACAUACACAUGCAACUGACGAAGUGGGUAUUCACCCACGAAAGCUCAUGUUCCAAAACGUCUGUUAGUCUCUAAGGUGCCACAGGAUUCUUUGCUGCUUUUACAGAUCCAGACUAACACAGCUACCCCUCUGAUACCUGCCUAUAGCACCAGCCCUGCAGCAGGGAAAGAACUACAUUUCCCAGGACUCCCUUGGCUGCUAUCAACAGGAACGGGAGGGGGAGUGAGGUAGGUGAGAUGUCAUGCUGCAGUUUGCUGUCAAUAGAGAGCUCACUGCUGGAGUGGGAUGGCACUGGGAAUGGGGAAGGAGUGUGCCCAAGGAGUAGGAGGCUUUGCCCCAGAUAUCCCCUUCGGAAGACAUCCCCAGACUGGCUUAGGGAUACUGGUGUGACCCCACCUUGCAGCCCCCAAAGAAGGAAUUGGAUGGACUCUAUGGACAGUGCCCCUCUCUAUCUGAAGCCUAGCAAGGGAGGUACGAGGUUCCCACUAGAAUUUAAAAUGAAAAGUAAGGGAGGGGAGGCUCUACUGGACCUGGGCAGCUUUAGAUACAGUACCAGGCAUGUAGGAGGAUUUCCCCUUCUGAGUCAUGGAAGCAGAAAUUGACUUUUCCUUUCCAGAUGUAGCUAAUAUUCCAAAAGGGAAUCUAGCACCUGCCUUCCAGAUCUGAACACCUCCAAAUUCAGCAGUGCUCACGCUCAGUCUGGGCAGCUGGUACUUCAUUUCUCCCAAAUCAAAUAUCCUGAUCCACUGUAACUUGCUGUAGAAAAAAUGGGAUAAAAUUGAGCAAGAAAUGCUUCCCAGUGGUUAUUAGGGCUGGGACUGCUAUUUUCAACAGCCAUUGCCUUUGUUUGUUUGUUUGGUUGGUUCGUUGUUCAAAAGGAAGAAAGUGAUGCUGCAUUGGCAAAUUCCCCAUAGAAAGAAAGAGCGGAACAAAAGAAUAAUAAAGGCACCUCAACUUUUCCUCA